AUGUCAGAAGAAGUAUUUGCUUUCAACGCUGAUAUUCAGCAACUUAUGUCCUUGAUCAUUAACACUUUCUAUUCAAACAAGGAGAUUUUCUUGAGAGAGUUAAUCUCUAACGCAUCUGAUGCUCUCGACAAGAUUAGAUACAGAUCUAUCACCGAGCCAGAACAACUAGAGACUGAGCCACAUCUUGGCAUCAAGAUUAUCCCCGACAAGAGCAACAACACCUUGACUGUUUGGGAUACUGGUAUUGGUAUGACCAAGGCUGAGCUUAUCAACAACUUGGGAACUAUUGCCAAGUCAGGAACUAAAGCUUUCAUGGAAGCUAUUUCAGCUGGAGCCGAUAUUUCUAUGAUUGGUUAAUUCGGAGUCGGAUUCUAUUCUGCCUAUCUAGUCGCUGAGAAAGUCACCGUUAUCACCAAGAGUAACGAUGAUGAACAAUUCAGAUGGGAAUCAAACGCUGGAGGUACUUUCACCGUCGUCAAGGAUGAGGGAGAGAGAAUCACCAGAGGUACCAAGAUCAUGCUUACCUUGAAAGAGGACCAAAUGGAAAACAUCGAAGAAAGAAAACUCAAGGAUCUCGUUAAGAAGCACUCAGAGUUCAUUGGUUUCCCAAUUGAACUCCUCGUUGAGAAGUCAACAGACAAAGAAGUUACCGAGAGUGACGAUGAGGAUGAAAAGAAAGAUGACGAAAAGAAGGAAGAUGACGAACCAAAGAUUGAAGAGGAAGAGAAGAAAAAGGAUAAGAAGAAGAAGAAGAUUAAGGAAGUAUCCCACGAGUAUGAACAACUCAACAAGACCAAGCCAAUCUGGAUGAGAAAGCCCGAUGAUAUCUCCAAAGAAGAGUACUCAUCAUUCUACAAGGGUCUCUCCAACGAUUGGGAAGAUCACCUCGCUGUUAAGCAUUUCUCAGUUGAAGGUCAACUCGAAUUCAAGGCUCUCCUCUUCGUUCCAAAGAGAGCUCCAUUCGAUCUCUUCGAAACCAAGAAGAAGAAGAACAACAUCAAGCUCUACGUCAGAAGAGUAUUCAUCAUGGACGACUGUGAUGAACUCAUUCCAGAAUGGCUCGGAUUCGUUAAGGGUGUUGUCGACUCAGAAGAUCUCCCCUUGAACAUUUCAAGAGAGACCCUCCAACAAAACAAAAUUCUCAAGGUCAUCAAGAAGAACAUCGUCAAGAAGUGUCUCGAGAUGUUUGCUGAGGUUCAAGAAAACCAAGAGGACUACAAGAAGUUCUAUGAGCAAUUCUCAAAGAACCUCAAGUUAGGAAUCCACGAAGACUCAACCAACAGAACCAAAAUUGCUGAUCUAUUGAGAUUCCACACCUCAAAGAGUGGUGAAGAUCUUAUCUCAUUCAAAGAGUACAUUAACAGAAUGAAGGAAGGUCAAAAGGACAUUUUCUACAUUACUGGAGAAUCAAGAGCCUCUGUUGCCAACUCACCAUUCCUUGAAGCCCUCAAGAAGAGAGGUCUCGAAGUUCUCUACCUCGUUGACCCCAUUGAUGAGUACAUGGUUCAACAACUCAAGGAUUACGAUGGAAAGAAGCUCAAGUCUUGCACCAAAGAAGGACUCGACCUCGAAGAAACUGAGGAAGAGAAGAAGCACUAAGAAGAGGAGAAGGCCAAAUUCGAACCCCUCUGCAAGCUCAUGAAGGAUGUUCUCGGAGACAAGGUUGAGAAAGUUGUUGUUUCAACUAGAAUCGACGAAUCACCAUGUGUUUUGGUUACUGGUGAACACGGUUGGACUGCUAACAUGGAGAGAAUUAUGAAGGCUCAAGCCCUCAGAGACUCUUCAAUGACCUCAUACAUGAUCUCAAAGAAGACCAUGGAAAUCAACCCAAAGAACCCAAUCAUCCAAGAACUCAGAAACAAGGCUGAUGUCGACCAAAGUGACAAGACCGUUAAGGAUCUCGUCUGGCUCUUGUUCGAGACUUCUCUCCUCACCUCAGGUUUCUCACUUGACGAGUCAAACACUUUCGCUAACAGAAUCCACAGAAUGAUUAAGCUCGGUCUCUCAAUCUUCGAGGAUGACAAGCACGACGAUGAUGACCUCCCACCCCUCCAAGAGUCAGAAGCCCCAUCUAGCAAUACUAUUUAAUGA